GCCACCGCUCGCCUGACAUUCCUCGGCCAAGACAGCUGUCAGGCAUAACGCGUUGCAGCCAAGAAAAGCACCUCCUCGUGAAGCCAGCGAGGAUGCCGGAGGGGUCUGAGGCUGGCCAGGUGCUAAAGGAGGUGCUCCCACGGAAGGGCCUGCUCUAUCAGGAAGACUCUUCCCCGCUGGCCUUGUGUCGCCCAAAACUCAUGCCCCUCAAGUCAGUCACGCUGGAGAAGCUGGAGGCUAUGCAAAAGGCAGCACAGGAGAAGGGGCGGCAGCAGCAGGAGGAGCAGCUUGAGCGACAGGCCACUGCCCCUGCCGGUGGCUCCAGGAUCUUUUGAUACUCCU